CAGUCAAUUGAUCCAUUCAUAUCUUUGAUAAAUAUUCUGAUUAUUGUUUAGUGAACAGCUUGUAUCAUUUUCGGAGGUGUGCGUUGCUAUAAGAAACCUUCACUCGAAUUGGAAUCUUAGUUACUCGUAACCAUGUUUUUGCAACGAGAUCUUGGGACAUCUGUCCCAAUGCGUUUGUAUACAAUGAAAAAGCGUUAUUUCGUUGUUGUCACAGUUACAUUCUCCCUAAUUAUUGGAUGUUCUAUAAUUUUUGGUCUAGUUGGUCCCAAUGUUUCAAAUUCCGUUACUGUUUCCACUUUGAUUCGUCCAAGUAUAACUAGUUUAGAAGCUAGUGUAUGCGAGGUAGAUUCUCCAUCUCUUUCAGUUUUUCAUCGUGAGCUGUGGUUAUCUGCUAUAAUUAAUCGUGCGCCCUUAAAACAAAAUGCCAAAGUAUCAGUAAAUAUCAAUACUUCUAUUCAAGUACAGAUACCCCAUCUAGCUACUGCUGGGAGUAAAAUUGCAAUGUUUAAAUCAGAUCCGAAUUAUAAAACUUUUGUAGUCCAAAUGGGUCCAAUUCACAACCGGACUAUUCAAGUGAAUUGUCCCGAUACAAAAUGUGAUGAACUAUUCCUAUUUCAUCUUAUUCCAGUUGAUUUCACCAUUUAUAAAUUCCAUGUAACAUUCUAUCAUGAAUUAACUAAUAAUCAUUUAAAAUACGAAGAUUAUGAAGGCGAACAUUUAUUAUUUAAAAUAAUUAGUGUGGAUUUCAUUUUUCAAUAUUAUACUAUUCAAUUUACUUAUAUGGAAUUAAUAGUGAAGUUCAUACUUUUUGUUAUUUCAGAGGCAGUUACUAUUUGGUUUUAUAUUAAGAUGAAAAAAUUCAGUCUUAAUUAUUGGACAAUUGAACAGUGUUGUAUGGCUAUCUUAUUGCCUCUACUCAUACUUUAUAAUAAUCCUUUAUAUCCCCUUCAAUAUUUAACAACAAACUGGUUUCCAUCAUGUCUUGGUUAUCUGUUUCAAAUCACAUUUGUCGCUGUAUUAUUAUUAGUUUGGUUAUGUAUAUUCCAUGGUAUACGAAUUUCGAAAAGGACGUUUCAGAAAUUUUAUCUACCGAAAAUCUGUUUGAUUAGCAUAUUCUGGUUAAUCAUAUUCUUAUUAAUUACUUGGAAAGUUUAUGUGGAACAUCACGAACCAGUGUUUGAUAUUCUAGAAUAUACGGAUCUUCUUAUCUUUACUGUGGUUUUUAUUAGUCUAUUUGGUUUUAUCUAUGUGGUACUAUUCGCUGUGCUAUUCAUUCGAGCCUGUCAUAAAUUAAGAAAAUUACCAUAUUUUAACUUGCGUUUAUAUUUUCUAACAUUCCAAUCAAUAAUCUUCAUUAUCGUCUUAGGAUUUGCAUGUCUAUUACACUUUAAUGAGAGAUUAUUAUCUCAAUCCAUGAAUUAUGUCCGUAAUGUUAAGGGUAAUAUCAGUAAAAUGACUGUACAACAGCAGGAUUCUCAAAAUUACAUAGGAUUACAACAUCGAUUUAAUGAUAUACUCGGUUAUCAUUCAACACUUGAAUUCUCAUUGAUACAAUUCACUAUUAAUUCAUACAUAAUUCUAUUGGCAUUUGUUUACUCUCCACCAAAUAAUACACAAAUAGAAAUGGAUGUAAAGGAUAAUCCAUCGUUAUCAAUGAUAAAUGAUUCUGACGAAGAUGUAAUUUAUGAAUCAGAUACUGAAACAAAGACAUUUUUAUUCUCCCAACGUAUGCACUAACAAUGAUAAUGAUGUAACAUAUCUGUUUAUAUGUGAACAAUUCGUGUAUCCGAAUCAGCAGUGUAUUUCUAUGAUUAAUUCGUUUCGUGUUUGCAUUUAAAUAAACCAGUGAAAAUCAUGAAGGUGCUUCCUUUUUACACACACAUACCAUUGGAUUUUAUCGUGCGGAUUUCAUAUAGGUUGUUUUUUUUAGAUCUUCACUUAAAAUUCCCCGGCUAUUUUUUCUUGUUUUUAACUAAAUCAUUCAUUGUAUAUGCAUGUUUGUGUGUGUGUGCUAUGAUGUGGUGUAUUUAAAGCGUUCACCUUCCAAUCAUUACUUUACAGUUUCCAACUCUUCCAAAUCUGUAAAAUGUACACUAUCGGUUAACGAUCAGAAUCCAUUAGAUCAAACGAAAUCUAUUAUUAGAUUAAAACCUUGACAGCAUUAACAGAGCUUCAAUUUGAUUAUUGAAUUAUAAUAUUCAUGUAAGAAUAUCCCUACAUUAUUAUUAUUAUUAUUAUUGUUUGUACAGAUUAUCUAUGGCUGUUGUUUGUUUUUGUUUACUCAUUAAAUUAUUUGGGAUUUCAGUAGUUUACAUUCAAACAAUCAUUAAUGAACUGUGAUAUAUCUUUAUUCGUAUAUUCAUGUUGAUUUUAUGUAGUUUGUUUAUUUUCAGUAGCUUUUUGCAUUCUAUAUUGUACCAAAAUAUAAUAUUGAAUAAAGCCAUUAAUAAUAAUAAUAAUAAUAA